UUAAUUUGAAAAGCAAACCGUGUUGACCUUUAGCAGCGCGUCUCCGUCAGAGCGAAGCUUCACUCUAUCGGGCUUUUGUCAGUGUUGAUUCAGACUCCAGAUCUAGAGUUCCCGCUGUUUCUAUGAUCCCGGGGUCACAUCACAGUUCCGAUGGCUGAUUUAGUGCAGAAUGCUGCCAAUAAUGUGCUAAAUGAUGGGAUGGACACCAGCCGGCACACAAGCAGCACCGCGGCGCCGCCCAGCCGUAAUGAGGUGGAGCUGAACGGGCAGCCGCCCACCGCUCCGCCCCCGCAGGUGGUCACAGACAGUGAGGAAGACGAGGACGAGGAGCUCACUCUCAAAUAUGGGGCGAAGCACGUCAUCAUGCUGUUCAUUCCCGUCACGCUCUGCAUGGUGGUGGUGGUGGCGACCAUCAAAUCUGUCAGCUUCUACACACAGAAGGACGGACAGCAGCUGAUCUACACCCCGUUUCGUGAGGACACGGAGACGGUGGGUCAGCGAGCUCUGCACUCCAUGCUCAACGCCAUCAUCAUGAUCAGUGUGAUCGUGGUCAUGACCCUGGUGCUGGUGGUGCUCUACAAGUACAGAUGCUACAAGGUGAUUCAAGCCUGGCUGUUCUUCUCCAACCUCCUCCUGCUCUUCUUUUUCUCCUUAAUUUAUUUGGGGGAAGUGUUCAAGACGUAUAACGUGGCGAUGGAUUACUUCACGCUGGCGUUGAUCAUCUGGAACUUCGGUGUGGUGGGAAUGAUCUGCAUCCACUGGAAGGGGCCGCUGCGGCUCCAGCAGGCCUAUCUGAUCAUGAUCAGCGCUCUCAUGGCUCUGGUCUUCAUCAAGUAUCUCCCCGAGUGGACCGCAUGGCUCAUCCUCGCUGCUAUUUCAGUCUACGAUCUUCUGGCAGUGUUGUGUCCGAAAGGCCCUCUGCGAAUCCUUGUGGAAACAGCUCAAGAGAGGAAUGAGGCCAUUUUCCCAGCGCUCAUCUACUCCUCUACGAUGGUGUGGCUCUUCAAUAUGGCGGACAGUGCUGAAACCAGGAAUAAUUCCAGUCAUCCAGUCCCUCAGCAGGAGAACCAGGUAGUUGCGAUGGCUCCCACAGCUCAGCCGGAGGACGAUGGCGGCUUCACUCCGGCGUGGGUGGAUCAUCAGCAGCAUCAGCUCGGACCCAUGCAGUCCACGGAGGAGAGCAGACGACAGAUCCAGGAGAUGCCCAGCGCUCGGCCACCACCACCAGCAGAUGAUGACGAAGAGCGGGGUGUGAAGCUGGGUUUGGGAGAUUUCAUCUUUUACAGUAUGCUGGUGGGUAAAGCAUCAGCUACAGCCAGCGGUGACUGGAACACGACGUUAGCCUGCUUCGUGGCCAUUCUCAUUGGUUUAUGUCUGACUCUCCUCCUGCUGGCCAUCUUCAAGAAGGCUCUUCCCGCACUCCCCAUCUCCAUAACCUUCGGCCUGGUGUUUUACUUUGCCACUGAUAACCUCGUGCGGCCGUUCAUGGACCAGCUGGCCGUCCAUCAGUUCUACAUAUAGAGAGGUCGCCUCUCACACACUCCACUUUCAUGCUCUUCAGGGAAACGUGAGCCCUGCAGACGAGCACACCUUUCCUCUUUUCUGGACAUGUGACUGGAUUCACACUAGUUUUUUUUAUUUUGGCAUUAAAUGACUGGUUAUUAAUUACAGUGCCUCUCCAUCUGAUCCUGAUAUAUGCUUUAGUAGCAGCAUUGAUCGGAACAUUUGUUUUCGGAGAGAACGCAGAGCACAUCUCAAGUCACACGUAUGUAUGAAUGCAUUAGCGUAGGGCAGGGGUGUCAAACUCAGUUGCUGGCGUUUAGCUCCAACCCUGCUUCAACACACUCACCUAUAGGUUUCAAACAAGCCUGAAGGACUCGGUUAUUUUAAUUGGGUGUGUUUAAUUAGGGGUAAAGCCAAACUGUGCAGAGCUGCGGCCCUCCAGGAACUGACUUUGACACCUGUGGCGUAAGUGGGGGAUUUUUAUAAACUGUGUCAUAUGGAACGGGACCAGAGCUUGCUUUGUUUGUCCCCAAUCUUGGAUUCACUCUUCAGGCAUUAUGUUAAUUCCAGCGUUGGUGUAUAGCGAGUUUCAACUCAAAGCUCUCUCUGCACGUAUGCAGGUAGGUACCGAUUGCUUUGGGCUUAUGAUCAUGUCCGCUUUACUCCAGCAUUAAAUCAAGUGCUGAUCCAAGCUACUGUUAAUGCUCGCUUUUGACAUCGGGAGCAUCGUUUUUCGGAAUGUAUAAAACAAUUAUCUUCUGUUUUCUUCAUGUCUGGGCAGGAACUGUUUGUCCGUUUGUUAAUUUUUGGCUGUUGUUUUGUUUUCUUUUUUUAUUUAGGGUUGAUGUUCAUUUUGUAUUACCCAUUUCAAGGAAACGCGGGGGGUUUUGUAAGUAAUUGAAUGAUUCACUAUUAAAGGGGUUGCUCUUUUUGAGCAAAUACACAUGUUCU